AUGGCAUCCUUUGCGGCUGCUUGCCGCGUGUCUGCGCGCCUGGCCACCAGAAGACUGCAGCAGGAUGUCACAGUUAAAAGUUUCCGAACAUCGGCCGCCGCCCUUGCGGCUCAAAACUUCACCAUGCCCGCCCUCUCCCCUACCAUGACCGAAGGCAACAUUGCGAGCUGGAAGAUUAAGGAGGGCGAAAAGUUCCAGGCCGGCGAUGUGCUCCUCGAGAUCGAAACCGACAAGGCGACCAUGGAUGUGGAGGCCCAGGAGGACGGCAUCAUGAUGAAGAUCAUGCACGGCGACGGAAGCAAGAGUGUACAAGUUGGCACACGGAUAGCAGUCGUCGCCGAAGAGGGUGAUGACAUUAGCGCCCUCGAGAUUCCCGCUGACGAGGUCUCCGCUCAACCUACCAAGGCUGCGGAAGCUCCGGACACCUAUACUCCGGCUCCCCCAAACCCCUCCGAACCCGCCGAGCCACCCAAGUCCGACUCCACCCCCAAAGCCGCCGUUAAGCCCGGACACAAGACAACCCACAGGACCUAUCCCCUAUACCCAUCUGUCGAACACCUCUUGAAGGUUAAUGGCCUCGACAAAUCCGAAGCCAAGAAGAUCACCCCCACCGGACCCAACGGACGUCUGCUCAAGGGUGAUGUUCUGGCUUAUCUCGGCAAAAUCAAGGCCGACAUUCCUGCCAAGAUUGAGUCCCGAUUCGAGAAGCAAUCCCACCUGGAUUUGAGCAACAUCAAGGUCGCUGCUGCGAAGCCUGCUCCUGUUGGAAAGUCCGCCAAGGAAGCCGCUCCUGCCCCUCCUCCGGCGCCCGUCAAAGCCACUGUUACUCUCCCCGUCUCCUUGUCAGCGGUUCUCCAGGCCCAGAAGAAGAUUAACGACUCCCUCGGCAUCUUCCUCCCUAUCUCUACGUUCAUCGCCCGCGCCACCGACUUGGCCAACGACGAACUUCCGGUGCCCAAGGGGUACCAACCCACAGCUGAUGAGCUCUUCAACCAGGUCCUUGGUCUAGACAAGGCCCACAGCGGAGCCAAGGUGUCCAGGGGUGCCUACGUUCCCCAGGUAGGCUCCCUUACUCCUAAGGGAGCUGUCCUUCCCAGGCCUACUGCUGCGCCUGCGAAGAAGAAGGACAUCUUUGACAUUCUGGCUGCCAGCCCUUCACCCAAACCCAAGGCCACCGCCUCUAAGCUGUCCCCCGGUUUGUCGGCUGUUGGACCCAACGUUUUCAGCCUGCAGGUCCCCAGAGACGAGGAGAAGAGAGCAAAGAUCUUCUUGGAGAGAGUGAAGCUGGUGUUGGAGAAUGAGCCAGGGCGGUUGGUGUUGUGA